AUGGCGCAAUCAGGGUACUCGAAUCCGCUGAAGAAGUUCAAGCUGGUCUUCUUAGGAGAGCAAAGUGUGGGCAAAACAUCUUUAAUCACACGGUUCAUGUACGACUCAUUCGACAAUACAUACCAAGCCACCAUCGGGAUAGACUUCCUGUCCAAGACCAUGUACCUCGAAGACCGCACCGUGCGCCUGCAGCUCUGGGACACCGCCGGCCAGGAACGUUUCCGCUCGCUGAUUCCCUCGUACAUCCGCGACUCCAGCGUCGCUGUCGUCGUAUACGAUAUCACAAAUAAGAAGACAUUUGAGAAUACGCGGAAGUGGGUCGAUGAUGUAAGGGGAGAGCGCGGCAACGAUGUCAUCAUUGUGCUUGUCGGAAACAAGACGGAUCUGAACGACAAGCGGGAGGUCACUACGCAGCAAGGCGAAGAGGAGGCGAAGAAGAACAACCUCAUGUUCAUCGAAACGAGCGCAAAGGUCGGGCACAACGUCAAAACGCUGUUCAAGCGGAUCGCGCAGGCGCUACCGGGCAUGGAGGGCGAAGGCCAGCAGGGACAGAGUCAGAUGAUCGACGUCAACAUCAACCCGCAGCCAUCACAAGACCAGGGCAACUGCGCAUGUUAA